AUGGUAUUGACACAAACAAGAGCCUCUCCCCGAGAUCCACCCAAGUUUCCCGCUGCACAGCUCUUUCUGCUUGCACUCGUGCGGCUUGCAGAACCCAUUGCGAUCACAUCCAUAUUUCCAUUCGCCUGGAAGCUCGUACUUCAUUUCCAUGUCGGCGACAAGAGCAAUGCAUCCUUCUACGCCGGUAUCAUCAUCUCCGCCUUUUCCCUCGCGGAAGCCAUCUCUGGAAUGUUCUGGGGAGGCUUAUCAGAUCGAAUUGGGCGGAAACCAGUGCUUCUCAUGGGAUGCUUCGGCACCACGUUGUCUUUAAUCGUCGUAGGCUUCUCGCAAAAUUUCUGGAUGGCACUUCUCGGCAGAAUACUUGGCGGUGCGCUGAAUGGCAAUAUUGGCGUGAUCCAAACGAUGGUCGGGGAACUGGUCACGAAUCCGAAGCAUGAGCCCAAAGCAUAUGCGAUUAUGCCCUUUGUAUGGUCUAUCGGUACCAUACUAGGACCGUCAAUCGGAGGCUACUUCGCUGAGCCAGCGACAAACUUCCCAAAAGUCUUCCCUAGCAAUGGCUUGUUUGGCAAAUUUCCAUACCUGCUUCCAAACCUGAUCUGCGCCGGCCUGAUGCUUAUCUCCAUUCUGGCCGGAUACUUCUUUCUCAUUGAGACGCACCCGGACAUGCAACCUUGGAGCACGGUGGAAGAUUUGCAAGAGACAACCGCGGAAACCCCACUCGUGCCUGCGCAAGCUGGUCCCACAACUGCCGCUGUGAACCUGACCCAAGGCGAGAGCUAUGGCACUUUCAACGCUGUCAGCGAAGAGGUCGUGGAAGAAGAUUGGAACAUCAAUCCAGAUGGCACGAGUCGAUCGACAAGUCCACAUAGUGCUCCGAAGCAGAAGUGGCUGACGAAGCGGGUAUUGAUGCUCACGGUCGCGCUUGGCAUUUUCACGUACCACAGCAUGACCUAUGAUCAUUUGAUGCCCAUCUUUUUCCAGGACGAGCGAGUGCCAGCUUCAGGACGAAUCAUGAACAUGUUCCGGGUUGCCGCAAGCGAGAAUGGAUCGUUGGCCGGCGGUCUUGGACUGAGUGUACAAGAGACUGGCGUAAUCAUGUCCUUCAACGGGAUAAUCGCUCUCGUUGUGCAGGGCGUGAUAUUCCCAAUAAUAGCCAGCUGGCUUGGAAUCUGGAAGACGUUCAUAAUCACGGCCAUCGGGCACCCGCUCGCAUACUUCAUUGUUCCCUUCCUGGCGCUACUUCCGGAGAACUUGAUGUAUCCUGGUAUCUACGGGUGUCUGGCAGUUCGCAACUUCUUCUCCAUCCUGGCAUACCCAGUCCUUCUCAUACUCAUCAAGGAAGCAUCGCUAGGACCAAAGUGCCUCGGAAAAAUCAAUGGCUUGGCGGCAUCAACCGGCGCAGGGUGUCGAACAAUCGCGUCGCCCAUUGCUGGCUUUCUAUACGGUGUUGGUCAAAGAAUUGACUUCACCGCUAUUGCUUGGUGGGCAUCAGCAGCAGUCGCACUUAUUGGCACUAUUCAGGCAUUCUUCAUCAAUCGGGUAAAAGACGGCCCACAUCAUGAGGUCCGACCAGCAGAGCCAUUCGACUUCAUGCCGCAUCACGAACGCGAGCAUCGCCAAUCCAUUGUACACAUCAAAGUCACUAACGAAGACCCUGAUAGCGGGUACUCGACUGCGGAUGAAGAAACACCUUUUGCUUCGCGAGUACACCAGGGCUAA